CUAGACCUGGGCGCCCGACGAUCCCGGGAUUGGGAGCUCUCCUCCGGCAGCCCCCGGGAUGGCCAUGUCCCCGGAGGCCCCGCUCAAGCUCUCCGACUGCCUCUGUCCCAUCUGCACGGAGAUCCUGGUGGAGCCCGUGAGCCUCCCGUGCGGCCACACGCUGUGCCACUUGUGCUUCCAGCAGACCGUUCAGAAGGCCAGCCUGUACUGCCCCUUCUGCUGUCGCCGGGUGUCCUCGUGGGCCCGCGCCCAGGCCCGCCAGAACACGCUGAUCAAUCAGAAGCUAUGGCGAAGGAUCGAGAAGCAGUACCUCCAGAAGGGCGGGCUCGCUGGCGGAGACAAGAAGAUCCAGCGCAGGGAGCUGGAGGCGGACCUCCCUCCGCGCAGGCUCAGUGCGCCCGGGGAGCUGAGGCGGCAAUAUGAGGAGGAACUGAGCAAAGCGGCCGCGGAGAGGCGGGCAUGUGCAGAAGAGGAGGCUCGCCUCAGUGCGGAGUACAUAAACCGGCUGCUGGCAGAGGAGGAAGAGGAGCACAGGAGGAAGGGGGAGGAGGAGGAGGAAGAGGAAGGCAGUCAAAGGCAGGGACCAGAGGAAGAAGGGAAGCUGAGACUAGAGCUAGAACAAAAAGAGAAUCAGAAGGAAGAAGAAAAUCAGAGGUCAAAACAAGAAGAGACUCAAACUAGGGAGAAGGAGAAGAGGCCAAGGUAUGAGGAAGAGUGGAGGCAAGCUAGGGAGGAGGGAGAGAGACCGAGGCAGGAGGAGGAGGAAGAAAGACAAAGAGAGAGAGAGGACCUGCUGAAAAUAGAUGAAGAACUGGCCCAAGAAAUAAGCAUCAGCCUUAAAACACUGAAAUGUGUCUUGACUUCCCUUUUUGUUGUCAGUGCAUCUUACCCUGCCCCUUGCAAAACACCAAAGAAAACAGAAAAGCUGAACAAUGCUAGAGACAUUCACAAGUACACGACACCCAGAUCCCAACUUACCUCCCCAGCACUACAGAAUGAACUUGGAACCGCAGGAGGCAGGAGAGCCUACAAUUCUAAGGAGGUCAGCGUUGGUAAAGGGAAGAGCCCCAGGUGGCAGGGGGAAAGAGCAGGAGACUUGCCAACUUUAUCUACACAAGCCUUCUGUGAAAUUGAAAACAUUAGUGUAAGGGCUUCUCUGGAAUAUGGGGUGAAAGAAAGUGAGCCAGGAACAAGCAGUGAGGAUGAAAUUAUAAGCCGCUGUAAUGUUGCAAAUCACAAACUGCCCAAAACCAAAUUUUUCUGCUCUGGGAAAGUUGUAACUAAGGCUUCCAGCAAAUCAGAGAAUGAAUGCACAGCAGAGGUGAAAAAUGAGGGCACUAGUCUGUUGGUGAAUAAAGAAAUUCCAGGAAGGAAAAGUCUGGAUUCUCUGUCUGAAUCCCUCAGUGAUUCAGGCCUCUCUUCCAAGACAAGGAAAAUAUGCCCAGAAACCAUCCCAGAGAAAGAGGAAAGAAAAAAUAACUUUACCCAAAAACUGAUAGAUUUAGAGCACUUAUUUUUUGAGAAGCAUAAACAAGAGGAAGAGGAUAGAUUAUUGGCAUUACAGCUUCAGGGAGAAAUGAAUAAAGAGCACAAGAAGCUGAAUCAGAGAAAGAGGACCCGAGAUGAAUACCUCCUUCGCCCUAGAGUCUCCUUAAAUUCAGAUAAAAGAAGAAGGGUUUGCAGCAGAAGUUCAAAGAAAAAAACUGAAGCAGGACUUUCAGAGCCUUCAAGGGGUCCAAAAUAUGAAUAGUGGCCAUCUUUUAAAAUCUAGUUGAAACUUUCAGCUAAUGAUAAAGGAGAAAAGGUAACAAACUCUUAACCAAAAUGCCCCUUCUCUAUUGCCUAGUUAAUUCACACACACAUACAUACACACACACACACACACACACACACACACACACACACACACAAAAUAGCUUUUCAAAUGUUGCAAUAAGCUGCAAAAUACAGAAUAUGGGAAAGCAGUAAGGAGUUAAACUUGAUUAUAAUGCUCUCCUAUUCCAUAAUAUCCUUGUAGAUAGGUUUUGUUUUUGUUUUGGUGCAUUUUGUUCACUGAAGGUGCCUGUUUUCAGUAGUUGCUUAAUUGGGAGGCUGUCUUAUUAGAGGAAAGCUCCUCAGGUGCCAUUACAAAUAUUCAUCUUCAGAUUGAAAUCUGAAGUUUACAACUUCAGUUUACAAUAAAGUUAGUUUUUUAUAUUAGCAGUAACCAGGGUACACUGAGAUGAAAGAUCCUACUGGUUGGUGAAUACCUUAGGCCAGAUCCAAGAUGUCCUUAAAUGUCCUAAAUACCAUAAUCCUUUCUCAAAAAAAAAAAAAAUACCUUUGCAAUUACUAUUCACCUUUGUGUCUUGUUGAGUUGUAAUUUAAA